AUGAGUUUAAGAUGUCUUAAAAAAGGCUCACUUGUUGUUAGAAACAUGCAGAAAAUUAUUCCAAUCAAUACAAAGUUGUUAAAAGAAGAUGUUUCAUUAUUAAGGAGCCUUCUCGAAGUCUCCAUGUAUGAUAUCAGUGUAAUUUGCAUCAGCAAGAGUAGAAUGAGGAACCUAAAUAUAGAAUCUUGCCGUAAUGACCAUGUCAGUGAGGUAUUAUCCUUUCCGUUCAAUGAUGGGUCAUUUGAUGGCACAUUACUAACCCCUAAAACAUCUUGUGACUACAAUCUUGGGGACAUAUUUCUUUGCCCACCAUUGAUUGAGGAAAAGCGCUUGCAACGUGGUCUGUCUCUUCGUGUUAACAUGGUCCGCUACGUUGCUCAUAGUAUGUGUCACUUAAUGGGAUACCGACAUGAUACUGACAAGAAUUGGAGAAUCAUGCUCAGAAAGGAACAAGAACUACUUAGUCUUUUCUCUUAUGUUCGUGGUAUCAAAGUGGAAGCAGCUUAUGAAGUGAAACAUCACAUACCACAACUAGGGACAAUGUGGCUAGUACCAAAUAUUUAGAUUUUCCUUCUGUGUUCUACAAUGCAAAGCCAGUGAGAUACCUUUUCAGAAAGUUUGAAAUAAAAUAUGCCACAAGAAAGAUGUAAAUUUGGUGAGUGUGAAGCUUGAACAUCUUCUUAUAUUGGAUCUGGUUGUUAAUAAUUUGAUUGACCAUCAAAGUGAAACCGAGGAUUUCCAGGUUAUAGCUGCAAUCAUAUCAAUGAAGUCCAAGAUGUUUUCUGUUAGAGGAAAUCAACUACUAAUAAAACUUUAAGAUAUCAAUUUGCCCUGCAGCAAAGAAUUCAGUGGUUUACUAUUUUGUCUUUUUACUGGUUAGUGAAUAUAGAAAAGGCUGGUAUGCAA